AUGGCUGGGUCUCGCCAAGAUCCUUUUGAAGUGGGGAGUGAUAUGGACGAGGACGAGGCGUUGCGUUAUGCCAUUGCCCUUUCGCUUCAGGAACAAGAGCUCCCAGACGAGCAAAGUUCGAAGAUCCCGUGCGCCUCGAGCUCAACAUCCCGCCGGAAUGGGGAUGGUUUGAGCGGGGCUGGCCUCGGUUUGCUUUCGUUCGAUCGCAAGAAGAUGGAAGAGGAAAGGCUGCAGAGGUUAGCCAAGCGGCGUCGCUCACUUACAGAAGAAGAUGUUGUAGAGGUCCCGCCGCCAAAGAGAAUGACGCCAAGUGUUGAACCCCCCCGGACCGUAGCAGGUUCUCUGCCGGCGAGCUUGUUGCCUUACCCCAAGGGCGCCAUCAAACGGACAUGGGCGUAUGGGUACCCUCGAACGUCAGAAGACAUCAAGAUCGAGGAGGUCCUUCAGAAGGACAAACUAGAGCUUGCUCUCCUAAGUUCGUAUCAAUGGGACGACGAAUGGCUCAUAUCCAAGCUUGACUUGAGAAAGACAAAGUUGCUCCUCCUGGCGUUUGCCGACAGCGAGGCCCAGGUGUGUAUCAAUCAUCGAACCCGACUCGUUCGGGAUAUCCCCUCGUAA